AUGUCAAAAACCUCACAUGCGCAGACAGACGAUAAGACCAUUCAAGAUGACUUAGACACCAACGCACCCGAAGGUCUAGUCCAGGACGACUCUUACACUACAAGCAACGGAAAGAGGGAACCAAUUCCGGUACAAGGUGAUGACACUCCAGUUGAAGAUCCUGUAAAUGCUGCAGACGGAGACUCAGACAAGCAGCUAGAUGAAGACGAGAAGGCAGCAAUUGAUGAAUCAAACAUCAUCAAAGAGAGAACUCGGGGGGGGGCAGAGCCAAGGAACCAGUACCAGGAACCUGACGACAUACAGCCAGAGUUGGCUGAGUAA